CAGCAACAAGCAAAGCACGACAAAUGCAAGAGAAAUUAAACGAACUUCAAAGGACACAAGAACGUAAAAUUGAUCAAACACAGAAUUUCAUUUCAAUGGUUAUGCGAGGUUACGAUGUGGAUGUGAAUAGUCAAGAUACGUUCCAAGGUUUUUUCUUGAGACCAGAGUUGCAACUACCACAGCAGGAGCAUCCGAUUUCUAUGAGUCAAGGACUAGCGCAAGCCGUUUUACAGCAUUCAACAGAGAUUGCUUCGAAAAUUCCCAGAAAUACCGAGCAAUGUGAGUACGAUCCAAAUUAUUUUCUAAAUUCCGCGGAUUUCGCUGUCCUCGUACAACAGGUACCACCUGAAAUAUUGUCACAGCCACCAUCCCAAGAAAUCAAUCAAUCAAUAGUUGCGAACGAACAAUUGCGAAUUCAAGAACUGACCGCCGCUUUUGAAGAAUUAAAUAUUUAUCAAUCGACGAGAUAUAUUGGCGAAGGAUCUUUGUUGUUGAUAGGUGAUGAAGAUGAUAAUCAGGAGAAAUUCAUCCCGCAAGGUGAACAAGACCUUUCGGCUGUUCGGGAAUCACUAAGAUAUCUACCGGAUCCCGAAACAGUUAACUAUCUGAUCUCUUUGUAUUAUCAGCACCUUCAUCGAUACGCACCUUUUCUUCGCAAACAAGUGGUUCGCAAUGCACUGCAAAAUAUUUCGAAACCACAACACUUACUCCUACUUAAUUGCGUGUUUUUCGCUGCAUCACCUUUUCAUGAAGAUCCUGCAAGAAAAGACGGGCGAGUUUAUUUUGAACGUGCUGAAGCCCUUCUGUAUGAAUAUUGUCGCACGCAACCGCAUGUUCUCACCGUUAUUGCGACUGUUCUUUUGGGGCGUCAUAAUAAACAGCCGGUUGCAGGUUGGAUGUAUAAUGGCAUCGCCACCAAAAUGUUGUUUGAACUUGGAUUGCAUCGUAAAAUGAAAAAUGUAAAGAUAAGGAUGGUAAAUGAAGUAGCACGAUUAAGAAAUGAGGCCUUUUGGAUAACAUUUAUCUCCGAAAAUUUCAUUUCAGCUGCCUAUGGCCGUCCUAACAUGAUAGAAGAGAAUGAUUGUGACGUCGAGGAGUUGGAAUUACCAGAUGAUCUAAACCCACCAGACGAAGAUUCUCGAUUAUAUAUUGCUUUUAUCUAUUGGACAAUGCUCAGUAGAAUCUGUGUUAAAGUGCGCAAAUAUAUGCAUAACAUAUCACGGAUGAAGUUGAUUCAAGAAGAUGAAAAUAAGUUUAGAUUAUUGGAUGCUCAACUUGGAAAUUGGUUCCAAGCACUCCCACAAUGGCUUGGCUUCACUGAAAUGUCGAAGGAUUUUGAAGGAAGUUUGCUGAAUGGCAUUGGAGGUGAUCUGCACCUCUUUUUCUAUACUGUUCUCAUACUUCUCCAUAGUCGGUACCUUAAAACUCAGGGCGCAUAUUCUGAGUAUACAAUUUACCCACCGAAUGCACCUACGACAUGCACCCAAGCAGCAAAAAUUAUCUUGACGUGGCUUGACAUCUUAUUAUCAAAUGUCCCAGAAUUUUUCGCACAUAGUGUCUGUGGUCCAUUUGCCAUAAAUCCAGCAAUGAGAGUGCUUCGUUGGAAUGCGCAGUAUGGACCAGAUGCUAAUGAUCCACGUACUGCAGAAGCAAAUCAAAAGAUGAUAGAAAAUCUUGAAAACAUUAGAGCACAAGUUGCUGAGAUUUCACGUAGAUAUGAUAGAGGACGCGAGAAUGGAGACAAUUUAUACAAUGGUUCGUCAUUCAUGUGGUUUACCAAUCCCGAUUCUGGGAGCGUUGAGGAGGAAUUUGAUAUUGGUCAACGUGAAGGCGAAGUAUUUAUUGAUGAUAAUGACCAAGAAUUGAGAAGUCAAUUCAGAAGAAUUACUUGGAGGUCAACAACUGGAUCAUCUUUUGGAAGACGAAGAUCAACACGCGGAAACUCGAUUAGUGGAGGAAUCCGACAAAUGAGUUGGACUUCAAUAUCAGGAUCAAAUCAAAAUCGACAGAUGAGUUGGACAUCAAAUCUUGCUCCAAGUCGAAGAAUGAGCAGCUACUCAUCAAAAGGUUAUAGUAAUGGUGCUGCUAAUCGAUGGUCUACCUUGCAAUCAGGACCACUCAACGAAGAACCUCAAA